GCUCUUGAAGCGUAUAUGGAAAGUAGAUCUAAAACGUGCAAAUGGUGGACCCUGAAAGACAGGGAGAGGUUAAACAUUAAAUUUCAAAAGAAUAUCUGGGGUGGAGGAGAGUCCCCAGUAGAGACGCAGGCCCUGAGUGUCUCCAGCAUGAAGCUUAUUCUGUUGCUUUUGAGCUUCUCCCUAAGUUUUGGCAAGAUUGAAGGUGAAAAGCAAAUGAGAGGAAACGUGCUGAAGAAACCACAGACCUAUUGGACACCAGGCGCAUCUCAGGAAGAUCUCCUGGAGGAAAAGUGCUUAACUGAAAAACACACACAUCUUUCCUGCAAUAAAGUCUUCUGCCAACCAUGGCAGAAAUGCAUCCAAGGGAGCUGCACCUGUAAACUCCCUUAUCAGUGCCCAAAGAAUGGUACCACCGUGUGUUCAACUAACGGGAGAAGCUACCCGACUUACUGUCAGCAAAAGAGUGUUGAAUGUCUUCAUCCAGGGGCAAAGUUUUUAAAUAAUGGAAUAUGCACAGCCGAAGGGAAAUUUGAUGUUUCCUUGAAGUAUGGAAAUACAGAUUCAGAGGGAUUUGUUGAGGUAAAACUUGUGAACCAGGAGAAGAAAAUGUUUGUAUGUAAAAGGAACUGGAGCAUGACACAGGCCAACGUGGCCUGCCUGGACCUCGGAUUUCAACUAGGAGCUCAUAGUACUCAAGGAAAAUUUCCGUUUCCUGAAGAAAAUUCCACUGAAUGUCUGCUUGUGCGUUGUCGAGGAUUAGAGACCAGUUUGGCUGAAUGUACUAUUAUUAAGAGAACAAUUAACAGUGCCUGGGGCUUAGCUGCUGUUGUGUGUUACACCCAGAACACAGUUUUGCCAGAAAAUGAGUCCUUUCAGUGUGUGAAUGGCAAACACAUUCCUCGAAAGAACGCCUGCAAUGGUGUUAAUGACUGUGGAGACCAGAGUGACGAGCUGUGCUGUAAAGGGUGCCGAGGGAGAAGUUUCUUUUGUAAGUCGGGAGUUUGUAUUCCAAACCAGCACAAGUGCGACGGGGAGGUGGACUGCAUCACCGGAGAAGAUGAAAUCGGUUGUGAAGGAACUGAACAUCUUGGAAUGAAAGACUUUUUACGUACGGCUAAAGGAGCUGAACGUCCUGAAAUGAAACAAGAAAUUUUGACUGCUGACAUGGAUGCAGAAAGAAAAUGGAUAAAGUCCUUUUCCCCUAAACUAUCCUGUGGAGUUAAAAACAGCUUGCCCGUUCGAAGAAAACGAGUCGUGGGAGGACAGGAGGCGCACGUGGGAGACUUCCCAUGGCAGGUGGCGAUUAAGGAUGUCACUGAGAGAAUCAACUGUGGAGGAAUUUAUAUCGGUGGCUGUUGGAUUCUGACUGCUGCACACUGUGUCAGAGUCAGUAAAGUUCACCGUUACCAAAUAUGGACAUCAUUAGUAGACUGGUUAAGACCUAACUCUGAAAUAGGCAUUCAAUGGGCAAAUAGAAUUAUUAUCCAUGAAGGCUACAAUGGAACCACUUACCAAAAUGACAUCGCCUUGAUUGAAUUGAAAAAACGCCCAAACCAAAAAGAAUGUGUGCUGCUUAAUUCCAUCCCCGCCUGUGUGCCCUGGUCUCCGUAUCUAUUCCGACCUAACGACAAAUGCAUCAUUUCUGGCUGGGGUCGAGAAAAAGAUCAUCAAAAAGUCUACUCACUUAGGUGGGGUGAGGUGCAUCUCAUCAGCAACUGCUCCAGGUUCUACCCGAAUCGCUACUUUGAGAAAGAAAUGGAGUGUGCAGGUACAGUGGACGGUUCCAUCGAUGCCUGUAAAGGGGACUCUGGAGGUCCUUUAGUCUGUCAGGAUGCCAACAAUGUGACUUAUGUUUGGGGUGUCGUGAGUUGGGGUGAAAAGUGUGGAAGACCAGACUUUCCAGGCGUUUACACCAAAGUGGCCAAUUAUUUUGACUGGAUUAGCCACCACGUGGGAAGGUCUCUUAUUUCUCAGCAUAAUGUAUGAAAACUGUGAUCUUUCUCUUCUUUCUGCUCAUUUUCUCUCAGGAGUUCUGUUGAAGUUGAAAUGAUACUGCAUAAUUAGUACUUCUCUAGGAAAAAAGACAAAGCCAAUCUUACUGGAUAUCUUUAAAGGUCUCUACAGUUUAUACCAUGUUGGCAUUUUGCUGUAUAAUUCUCAAAUAAAUAUUAUCGUCAAGCAUA